AACACGUGAUGACUACGUCACAUGUUGUCUCUAUGGCUGCGGUCGACGCCAAGGGAAAUCCAAUUUGGAUAAUCGCUUGCUAGCAAUGGCAGGGACCAGUACUGCAAUUCUUAUAUAACUCGCAACAGUUCGCAUGUUUCUUUUUUCUUUUUUUGUGUAAUCGAACAAUAAUGAUGGUGUUAAGUUUAGAAAUUUUUGACGACGUAGUUGCAGGUGACUUCCGACAAACUGCUACCUAGCGAGCUGCUAAUGCUAAGUAACAAGCUCAACGCGUAAUGUCAUUUUUGACACAACAACUUAUUUCACUCGAAGAGGGAACGCGUUUACGUUGACACACUGUCAGAACAGUAAGUGCUUUUGAAUCGGGCCUUUCGAUGUAUCACAAAGAGAAGAGCAUCCAGAUGAAGAGCAGCGCGUCAGCGUUGUACAACAACCUGAGCGUGUUGCGCAUCGCUCCACGGCGCCUCACCUACUUCACGGUGGUCCAUGCCAAUGUGGUUAACAUGGUCAGCGCGGCGUGGGACAUCUUCAGUGACUCCCACCGUCAGCUCCAGUCCAAGGAGCCCAACGUAGCCACGAGUCCAUCCCUCAUUAUGCAGGCUGCAUUUUGUGUUUUGCCCUCUCGGAAUCUGCUCGUGGUGACUUCACAGAGAGGCAUCCAGAUGUAUGAAUCAGAUGCCUCCAUUAUGGUGUACUGGCAUGCCUUGGAUGUUCCUGAAACACCUACAGCUCAGGCUGUGUUUGCCCGGGGGAUAGCUGCUGUUUGGGAGACUUACAUUUGUGUGGGUCUGUCUUCUUGUGGAAUCCUGGUGUUCGAUGUUCCCAGUAAAGGCAGUAACAUCACCCUGUCUGAGGUCCUGGAGGAGCACAAGGAGCCCAUUACUGAUUUAGCCCCAGAGUGCUCAGGCAGCAAGGAAUGCAUCGCCGACCUGGUUAGUGCUGAUGACGGUGGCACCUUGUGUGUGUGGAAGUCAGGCGAAGAGUUUCAGCUUCUCAACAAGAUCGGUGGAUUUGAUAUGAGCUGCUCAUCCGUGAAGUUGUGGAAAGGUACAGUAGUGGCAGGUUACGGAACAGGCCAGAUCCGUCUGUACGAGGCUGUGACGGGAAUCCUGCAUGCUGAGAUCAACGCCCACGCCCGCUGGAUCUACUCACUGGACAUUGCUCCUUUUUCUGGACUGCUCCUGUCUGCAGCUGAAGACUCUUUCGUCAGGGUAUGGCUCCUGACAGUAACCCCAGAAAGCAACAGUGUUGAGGUUACACAUCUACACAAUGAGUGUGUGACAGACACACAGAUUUGCGGCGCCAAGUUCUGUGAUGGAGAUGGCUAUGCCUUCGCUGUGACAGGAUAUGACCUCAAUGAAAUUAUACACUACACACAGACAUAGGACAUCACAUUUGCCAUGGCUGAGUAUAUAUGAUUAUCUAGGUGGGGUGUUAAAUUUCAUCAUUUAUAUGAUGAGUACAUAAAGUGUAUUGUCAGUCUUUUUGUACGUCUUCAGAUGUGUCUUCGUGCACUGAAAAUGGUUCAGAUGUUUUAAAAUAUUCUGUAGAUAUUUUUAAGAGCAAAUGUUUAGGUGUUGGUGAAAUUUAGUGCGAGCGAGAGACGUCUUUGCUCUCUCACUUGGACAUCAUUUUUGAGAAGGAAAAUAACCAUGUAUUGCAAAGAAGCUCCACUAGAGGGCAGCAUGAAAUUUGUUUAAUUUAAUGAACUGCAAACAACCAAUAAAUAAUCAAUGUUGGUGAA